UUUAGGGAUGAUGUGCUCGCCCAUUCCCACUUUCAGUUUCAGAGACAGAUCAGAGUUGCGCAGCGAAAGCUUCGAGGUGUUGAUUUCGUUUGUUAGAUUACUUCUGCUAUGAUUAUUAUGUGGUAUAUUUUAUUUGCAAUCCAAAUGACUACUAUAUAUGUAUCAAUUGAGAGGAUUUCUUGUAUAUAUAUUUUUGAGAGGGGUUAAGUUUUGUAGCAGAUUUCUUAAUUGAACGUUUAAGUAAAUGAUUUAGAUUCUUAGUGUCUCUUUAUUAGUUAAUUUCUUGGAUUAGUCAGUUGUUAGCUUUGGGGGCGCUACAGGCAAUGAACUUCUUGUAAUUUUACUAAAUGCUAGUUACUGUGUACAAGUUUUCUAAGGCUUGUUGGAAUCAUUAAGAAACAAUAUAUGUGUGAUUGUAAGUUUUCUAUCCCUUAAAAAUCACCCUAAAAUUGCACAUUCUAGGUUCCAGAAUCCAAGUUAUCUUAUGAAUGAUUUUCCUAGUCAUCCAAUUAUCCAAUCACUUUAGAGCAUCUUCAAUAGUAUAAAAAAUCACUUUAGAGCAUCUUCAAUAGUAUAAAAAAUCCUACGUGGAAGUCUAAUUAAGACUUUUAUUUAUAAGAUUUUACAUAUAUAGUAAAUAUAGGACCCGUGGUUAAAAACCUAUAUCCAAUAGUGAAGGGUUUAAUUCCUAGAAUAUUUUAUAUGAUAUAAAAUAUUAACUGUUUAUCUUUACUUUAUCUAAUUUCUAAAAAAAAAUAAUUUAAAAUAUGACUAGAGGUGCAAGUGAAUGUGUAAAUAAAACUUUUUCAACACUUUCAUAUUUACUUUCCGAUCCCUACUAGUUUGUAGGAUCCAACAAUUGGAGAUGGAUUUACGCUAAUCGAGAGUUUAAAAUCCUACAUGUCAUGAAAAACAAAAAUAUUCACCCUCUAUUGGAGAUGCUUUUACAGAAGAGUAUUUCCACGACAAAUCAAAAAUAUGACCUUGUUAGAUAUUGGCUAAUUUGCGAUUUCUGUAGAAAUCUAGAUUGAUAAUGAUGAGGCUCCCCUAUUAAGAAGUUCCGAUGUUCUUCAAAAUUUAGUAAAUUAGGAUAUCGGCUUUUCCCCAAAUUUAUUGAAAAAAAUAGCAUGCGUACCGAGAAUAAAUUUUUAGAAACGCAGCUGAAUGAUGAUAUCAGUGAACAAAAUAUUAUUUUUGUUCCCUAGCUAGUGUAUAACCGAACACGCUUUAUAUCGAACUUGAAAUCAAAGCUACUGGCACAAUUGUGUAUCAGUAUCUUAGAUUUUUCUGCAACCACAAUAUUCCCAUCCAGAAUUUUGAAUGGGAAUUGGGGGUUUAACCAAAAUAAAACCCCAGAAAAGCAUCGAAAUCAAAUCAGUGAAAUUUCUGAUUAUCUACUUUUAUCAUCUCCAUCCGUAGUAGAAGAACUUAGCUGAUGCAGGAGCUAUUCUAUCACCUCAGAAGCUGUUAAAAUCAUCAUAUCAGGUUAUGGAAGAAAGUUUGUUGAUAAGGUACUUAUGCUAAGAGGCUUUUACGAUAUACAUAAGUUUCAUCUUUAUUGGGAAGAUCGGCAGACAGAUAAAAUAUUGUACGAAUAUCUAAAUGCCUGGAUACUUGUUGCAUUAAAUUGUAAUGUUCAAGACUUGUCUAUUCAAAUUGAAGUCGAUGAGAACAAUAAUUAUAGUCUGGAAACGAGGUUUCCACAUUUUCUGUUCAAUUCUCAAUCGUUAUCGAAGUUGGUGUUAAAAAUGACUCUUAAUUAUGAAUCAAAAGUUAUUCUUCCUAAAUCAAUGGAUUUACCUAGGCUCAAAUUUAUGUCGCUUGGUUCGUUUUUUGUUGAGGAUGGAGAUUCGAUUAAUAAACUUAUCUCUGGCUGUCCGAUUCUUGAAUCACUGAUCUUGAGAGAUAUUUGGAUUGAAGAUGGCUAUGAAAUGAAUGUCAAUAUUGAGUCACAUGAACUGAAGCAUUUAGAAAUUAUCAAUAAUAACUUGCCUGUUCGGUCCCAUUAUAACAUGGCGAAGAUUAUCAAGCUAUCGGCUCCGAACUUGACAUCAUUCAUCUGCAAAGAUUACAUGUUACAAGAGUAUUCUCUAGAGAACGUUUCUUCUCUAAUCACUGCUGAUAUUGAAAUUGUCAGAGAAGGUGAAUACGAAGCUCUUGAAUAUCAUGAUUUGGAGAUUUCAGAAGAAGAGAAAGAAAUAUUGUAUCCUAAGCGUACAAUGGAAUUCAUUAAAGCAUUUCAUAAUGUGAAAGAUCUGACAAUUUCAUCACCUAGAUUGCUUCAGAUUCUUGCUGGAUCUCCAGACUUGAUAGAGGGUCGAUCCCCUCAAUUCUGUAAUCUUCGAUCUUUGAAGUUGACAACAUGGUUUACAAGUUGGUGCUUGGCCGCAGUAUCGGCCUUACUUAAGACCUGUCCGUGUAUAGAAUCUCUUUAUCUUGCAUCUGCGGAGGUGAAAUUUAGAGCCGACAAAGAUGAUGAUGAAGUGGCAUUACCAAUGUCAUCCAUAAUGUUUCACCUCAAGCAUAUUGAAAUCAGAGAACUUAAAGGGUGUGAUGCUGAAAUCAAGUCUCUGGAACUUUUGCUGAUGAAAGCUCCGGUAUUGGAGGAAAUGGUUUUGUCUUUGGACAAAUCAAGCUCACCGGAUAUAGCUGGCUCACCUGAUAGAUUGCAGGUUGCGAAGAAGUUGGGUGAGAAGCUGAGAUCACUAUCAAGAGCUUCGCCAAGUUUAGCAAUGAUCUUUUUGUAAUUUUACAAAACGCUAGUUACUAUUUACAAAUUUUCUAAGGCUUGUUCUGAUGGAUACCAUGUCCCAUUCUUGCUCGCUUUCAAUCAUAAACCAAAAUAGAGACUCCACUCCAUCUUCUAGAUCAGCUUGCAGCUUAAUACGUACAAUAAGUGGAUUACUGAAAAGGACCGAAACCGAAGUAGGGGAUCGGAUAUAGCAGAAGCCGUAGUUUGGGCAGAGAAGCAAAUCUAGCUCUACUAGACUAUUUGCAAGUUUAACGAAAUUAGACCUAAACAAGAACAAUUAUCUGCCUCGUGCACCAAUUUGAAGGGUGUAACUCUCUGAAUUUGAAAUUAGCGCAUCUCCUGAGGCUAGAAAAUAUUAGGCUGUACUAACAACAUUUCUGUCUUCUUCUUUUCUGGUAUUCUUCAUUUAGUGUAAGAGUGAUUGUGCUGGUCUGCAGUGAACAAGAAAAUCCUCAGCGUCAGUAUAAUCUCUGGAACUGGCAAUAUUAUCUUAUUGAGAUUAUUAUCAUCAAUGAGAAUGAACGAACCUUCGCGACAAUCAACCAUUAAAUACGGUUCUCAUGCUCCGUCUCCCUUACUGUUGGUCUCAUAUUCAGAUUUGAAUUUUACUGUUUGUCUCAAGUACCUGAUAAUUCUCAUGCUUCCUCCCUUAAGGGAGGUCGACCCUUGUAAUACCUUAAAAUAUCCUAAACGAAUGAAUUUUGUAGUAGUUUAGGAUCACCGUGUUGGAGUUUAAUCUCAAACUAAGAUAAGUUUUUUGUUUACUGUUUUCAAAUUAGUUUUGUUUGAAUAAUUCAGUCAAUUGUUCUUUAGCUAUCCCAACUACGUAGGAGGUUUAUUAGCUAUUAUUUGUUAGAUUUACUGGCUAGUUUUCUACUGGCUAUAUUCAUGUAAACACCUAUAAAAGGUGAACUGCAGUUCAUUGUUUCUCAAGUGAACUGAGUAUUAAAUUGAGUGAUCAAUAAACUCAUUUUCGAUUCAAUUCUUCUUCUGUCAUUUGUUUGUGUGAUUGGUAGUAUAUUGCAGGUGCUAUUAUCCUACAUCUGGCAUCAAGAGCCAGUGCUCGAUC